UACAGUCAGACACAGAGCGAAACAAUUGAAAUACUUUUAUUUUUAGUAAAAAUCAUUUUAAACUCAAAACGAGAUGUCGACAGUCGUCCCGGAAAUACGCAUAACGCGUAUUACGGAAACGUAUCUGGAAGAUGCGCUCGAGGAAAUGGAGGAGGCGGCAAAGCCACGCCCACCGACCAAGGCGCAAAAGAAGGCGGCGCGCAAAGAGGCAAAGCGCCUGCAGAAAAUCGCCGACCAGAAGCUAAUCAUGCGCCAUGAUCUGGAGACGGAGCUGGAGCUGGGCAAGCGCAUGGAUUUGCGCGGCAUGGAGGAAUGGAACUCCAUUGCCGAGCAGAUCAAAAUAGUCGAGCUGCGCAACGAGAUAAUCACUUGGGGCGAGCGCGCCGAGCGAAUUUUUGAGCAUAAAAACGAUCACAUCCAAAUGCUGAUCGACGAUAUCGCCCAGACCAAUGAGCAGCAUGCGCGCAAUUAUGGCCGCACCGUGGAGCUGAUCGAUCACAUUAGCGAGUGCUACCAGGCCAUGCUGGACGGCAACAAGCGCAUGUACGAGCAGCAGGCCGAGGAUCUGCUCAAGGAGUUCUACGACGAGGUGCAUCUGCGCACCGAGGAAGUGGAGGCGAUGCAUACGAACAGCGAGAACAUAAUCCAUGCCUCCAAUCUGUUCACGCGCGACCAGCUCAAGGAGGACUAUCAGAUCUAUCAGGAGCAGCGCGACGACAAUGUCAACCGUGAGAUCGAGCGUCGCUUCGACAUACGCGACCAGGUCGUCAGCAAGAUGAACGACAUGCAGCGCCAGCUGAACGACUUCGUGGAUGCCCUGCACAGCACCGAGCUGGAUGCCCACAAGUACGAGCGCAUCCGUUCGCUGACGGAACGCCAGCAGGCGUUCGUGGAGGAGAGCAAGAAGCUGAACGUUGAGGAGGCCAAGUAUAGCAUCAUGCUGAGCGAUAUCCAGAGCGACACGCUGCGCAUCGAGACACAGAACAAUGGGACCAUCAACGAUCUGCGCCUCGAGUUCGAGUACUUUACGAAUGUGCGCAAGAAGAUCGAGGAUCGGAUGCAUGCGGAUCGCAUAACCACGCACGAGAAGCUGCGUAUACUCAGCACCGAGUGCUACGAGCUGACCAAGAAAUUCGAGAAGAUCGUGAAGAGCGGCGAGCUGCUGCUCGCGCUGUCCAUCACGUGCCGGAAGCUGCAAACGGAGUCCGAGAAGAUCAUUGUGGGCGGCGAGGUAGUUGACCCCAUCGAUGUGGGCCCUGUUGAUGAUAACUUUACGCUGCAAACGCUGGACAUCAAACAGCACGUCGAUCUCACCGAGGAGGAUCUGGUCAUGCUCAGCAACGGCCUGAAGAACUUUUGGCGCCAACAGGCCGUGGCCCAGGCCCAGAACUUGCUGCUGCUGGAGGAGAAGCGCAAGCUGACCGAGGAGAAUCAGCGUCACAUCGACUUCAUCAAGUCCAUGAGCAAGACCGACAAUGCCGAGGAGCUGCGCUCCGCCAUGCACGUCAAACCCUGCCUGGAGAAGGUGCCGCUGCUCUUCGAUACCCAAUGCCGUUUCUUCAAGCUGCGCGUCACCAAGGGCUCGGCAACUGCCGGCAAAGAUGCCCAGAGGCAGGCGGUGAACACCAUUAAGAUGCUAUGCGGCAGCAAAUGUAACCUUAAUCCCGAAAAGAAAAGCGAUUAGCCAAAAGACUCGCUAUCCUGCUCACAAGACUCGUGAAAUAAGCGUGGAAAUGUAAUUCAAGAGUCUAGCCAAAAGCUAUUUAUUAGACCCAAGUAACCCAAUAGCAUAAUAUAUAUAAUAUCUAAGUCUGGAGUGUAUAUCGUUAACUGUUCUCAAAUUGAAUCUAGCGAAAUAGAAAACCAAUUAAAUGAGCGAAUAUUUGUCGAGUGAAA